UUGUCCUCCAGCUUUGAGCCUCGAGUCGAUGUUUGUGUACUGCUGCUGAACAGAAGGGAAAUAGAUUUUCUAAACUUAGAUCAGACGCAGAGAGGAAGCCAAGUACCACCAGGUCGCGCUCUAAGUACCGGGCCUAGGCAUACAGUUUGAGAAAUGUCUAAGGCAGUAAGAAAUGAAGACAUAGAUGGGACUGUUGAUGAGAACUUGAGUGAUGGUCCUUGGUAUUCAGAUCCCAAAUAUGAACGUUACUGGAAUCACUACAAGAAAAUGAAAACCUGGAUGCAGGAUCAGAAGCCUGUACAGGACUCUUUGCUGAAUGUAUGGAUGGCAUCCUUCCAGCAGUACUUGCAUCAUUAUCAAUGGUGGAUGUACCAGAACUCGAUGAUGAGUAGAACCUUCCCUCAUCAACAUCAUUUGCAUCACUCGUUUACUCCAUCACCUUGGCACUCUUAUCCAUCAAGAACUCAUCAUCAUCGUCACCAUGAUAACUUUCAUCAUAGCCAUCAUCCAUACAAACCUCAUCCAGGAGCAAUGAAAUACCGUGUCAACAAACAGUAUGUAACCGAUCAGAGUGACGUUGAUUAUAGCGGUUUCAGCGAGACGCCUCAGGAUGACGACGAUGAAGGCCAGGUCUGUGCGGGAGGUGAGGAGGAAGAGUUUGAGGUAGAACUGAGCGAGGAGAUGCGGCAGUUCUUUCUUCAGUCCCAUAAGCAUCGGGAGGAACUGAAGGAGCUCAAACUGGCUCUGAACCAAAAGAAACCUGUAGAAAGGACUGAAGAUGUGGAUGGGACAAGGGAAAGUACAAAGGAAGACGAACCCUGUGAAGAUGAAUUUGAAAUAACUUUCACCAGUUCCAAGAAGAACAAGAAGAAACAUAUAAUGGGUGCCCCUGUAGAACAGCCUGGUAGGAGAAGAGCAGAGGAGAUGAAGAUUUUGUAUGGGAAGGAUUCACCAGCCAUUCAUGGUAUGGAGACUGCUAUUCAGAUGCAGUUUGACAGGAACUGUGACAAAAAGCAGCCAGCUUUCUGGCCGACUGUACCCCUGAAGAUGUAGCACUCGUGGAAACUGGAAAAUACUUGCAAGAUAAUAAAGCCUUACCCAGUCAAUCUUUCAUGGGUUUACCCAUAAUACUGUGAUAACUUUAUGAACUUCAAAUAAAAUACAUGUCUUUAUGCCUACUGGUAAUUUGUCCUUACAGAGGCAGCCAUCCAUUUUCACAGGAUCUGUAAAAGCCUUUGCAUCCUGAAUCCAGUUUGUG